AUGCCUCUCUCACCUACUCCCGGCAACAAGGUCGAUGUCCUGAUUAUCGGCGCCGGCCCCGCUGGCCUCAUGGCUGCUAAUGCGCUCGUCCAUGCAGGAGUGACGGUACGUAUCGUGGACAAGAAGACCGUUCCCGUCACCGUUGGACACGCGGAUGGUAUCCACCCGCGCACGAUUGAGAUUCUCCAGAGCUAUGGGUUGGGCGAACGCCUACAGCGAGAAGGCACUCGCUUCGAUCGUGCCGCAUUCUAUAAUCCUGGUCCGAACGGAGGAAUCAAGGUAAUCUUCGUUCCUUCUUCCUCGCACAAGACCAACCCGUCCAGUAGAGAACACAGCGCACCGAGGCAAUCUUCGCCCCCACAGCGCGAUACCCUUUCCUCGUCACCAGACAUCAAGGAGCGCCCCGUCGUCCCUACGUCAAUCGAGCUAUCCGAUUCCCGAUCAGACCUCGUAAAUCCAGAUGCGUACCCCGUCAAGGUAACCCUAAAGAAUCUCGAUUCUGAAGACGGCGAUGAGGAGGUUGUCCAGGCGAAAUUCGCUAUAGGAUCGGACAGCGCACACUCGUGGACUCGCAAAGCGCUCAAUAUUGGCGUGGAAGGCGACCAGACGACCUCGAUAUGGGGCGUCGUGGACAUCGUCCCUGAUACGGACUUCCCCGACAUCCGAAACUGGACAUUCAUCCACUCAAACCAAGGCACGCUCAUGAACAUCCCGCGCGAGGGCGACCUGAUCCGCUUCUACAUCCAGCUAUCCUCAGACACAGACUUCGUAAAUCGGGAGACGGGGAGGGUAGACCUGACCAAAGCGUCGCCCGAUAGGAUCAUGGAGGCUGCGGCGAAGAUCAUGCAGCCGUACCGUGUUGUGAGGGUUGGGGACGUUGAGUGGUGGACGGUAUACAUCAUCGGACAACGUGUCGCGCAGACGUUCUCGGUCAAGGAUCGGGUCUUCAUCGCAGGAGACGCCUGUCAUACCCAUUCGCCUAAAGCAGGGCAAGACUCCACAAUUCGUUCUCAUCCCGGCCUGACGAUGCACAGCCUGGAAGCUAUCAUAUGUCCUUCGUGGUACGAAUCUGAACGACUCAAGUACGCGCAGGAUCUGAUUGACUUCGACAAAAAGUGGUCCAAGAUGUUCAGUGACAAGCCUCAGAGCGAAGAUAAUUUCGAAGGUGUCUCUCACGAGGAGUUCCUCGGAAUGCUCGCCAGCCAAAGUGGCUUCCUGAGCGGUAUAGGGAUCCGGUACGAGCCCUCCACCGUAGUCAACAACAAGCACCAAGCCUGUGCUUCGAAGCUCAUCGUCGGCGAGCGCGUGACUCCGCGCGACUUCGUCUACGCGGCGAACGUCAACCCCGUCAAUCUCCAUGACGUACUUCCUUCCGAUAUGCGCGUCAAGAUCCUCGUGUACGCCGGAGACAUCAAGGUUGAAGCGAGUAUGAAACGUCUGCACGCACUGGGCGAGAACAUGGGUACCUCCAAUAGCUUCUUGUGGCGCUUUGGUCAAGGCGCAUACGAGAAGGUCUUUGAUAUGCUAUGUAUCUGCGCAACGAAGAAGGAUGAUAUGGACUUUACGGAUGUACCGAAGUUCUUCCGAUCACAUUGGUCCAAAGUACUACUCGAUGAUACGGACAUGUAUGGACGAUCUGGCGGAGGAGCAUAUGAGGCAUACGGUAUCAGCCGGGAAGAGGGUGCAAUCGUCGUUGUACGUCCUGACGGAUAUGUGGGGGUUGUGGCGCCAUUCGAUCAUGUGGACGACAUCAACCAGUACUUCGCAUCUUUCAUGCUAGAAGCCCCCGAAGCAUAG